UUAGGGUUUGGAAUUUGGACUCGUUGUUUUCUGGAGUCCUACAAAAUACGAUUAGCUAACUAACUGCGACAAAAACGAUUAUUAUUUAUUUUGCUUAAACGAAAAAAGGGCAAGAGUCUGUUGUUGCAGCUGUUUGGUCUUUAAAUCAGAGACUCUUGAGACCUCUCCAUCUUGUUUCGCUUCUCGCGAGUUCUAAAAGUUAGGGUUUGUUCGAGUCACGCCGUAUUCUUCUUCUCCGAAGUGAUAUCAUCGCAGAUACAACAAUGGCUGGAGUACUAGCUGGGGAAUGUUCGUACGGUGAGAGUGGAGUGUCAUCUCACUCGAGGAAUUCUCAUGAAAAGCAAGACGAGCUUUCCCGCUGGUACUUUGGAAGAAAAGAAAUUGAAGAAAAUUCACCCUCGAGGCUGGAUGGUAUUGACUUGAAGAAGGAAACUUACCUCCGCAAAUCCUACUGUACAUUUCUCCAGGACUUGGGCAUGAGAUUGAAAGUUCCCCAGGUUACAAUAGCUACAGCGAUUAUCUUCUGUCAUCGCUUCUUCUUUCGCCAGUCACAUGCAAAGAAUGACAGAAGGACAAUUGCAACUGUAUGUAUGUUCCUUGCUGGAAAAGUUGAGGAAACUCCACGGCCCUUGAAUAACGUUAUUUCUGUAUCCUAUGAGAUAAUCAACAAGAAGGAUCCUGGUGCUGCCCAGAAAAUCAAGCAAAAGGAAGUAUAUGAGCAACAAAAAGAGCUUAUACUAAACGGAGAAAAGAUAGUACUUUCUACACUAGGCUUUGACCUCAAUGUUCUUCAUCCUUAUAAACCCCUUGUUGAAGCAAUAAAGAAGUUUAAGGUUGCCCAGAAUGCUCUUGCCCAAGUUGCCUGGAAUUUUGUUAAUGAUGGUCUGAGGACAUCUCUCUGCCUGCAAUUCCAGCCUCAUCACAUUGCGGCUGGUGCAAUUUUUCUUGCGGCCAAGUUCCUUAAAGUGAAGUUACCAUCGGAUGGAGAGAAGGUUUGGUGGCAAGAGUUUGAUGUUACACCUCGACAAUUGGAGGAUGUUAGCAACCAAAUGCUUGAGCUUUAUGAGCAAAACCGUGUACCUGCAUCUCAAGGAAGCGAAGUAGAAAGUAGUGUGGGUGGAGGGUCAGCUCAUCGUCCAGGCUCUAGAAAUGCAACGUCAACAGAUGAGCAUGUUGGUUCUAGGCAAGCAUCAGCACGUUCAAGCCAUGAACCUUCAAACUCUGAUAAUCAUGGGGGUUCAUCAAAAGGCGGUUUGGAUCAGAACAAUGGCAAUGGGGAUGUUGAGGCAGUUAAUGCCAGUGUCGAUCACAAAGAGGAGGUAAAGAGAGAAAGAGAAGAAAGCCUGCAUCCUACAGCUAACUCUAGACCUUUAGUUGAGGGAGCUGGGAAGGACAAUUCAGAAAGAGAGAGUGGAGAGCUUCCAGAUGAUGUUCAUAAAUCUAGAAACGUUGAAACAGGUGUUGUUGCCCCAAUCGGCCAAUCGCCAAAGGACUUGAAAAUGCUCCGGGAUAAGGUGUUGAAGGCUAAGCGAGAGAAGGCUAAGAAGUUGCUAGGUGAAAGAACAAUGAAAAAGGAUUUGAUGGAUGAGGAUGAUUUCAUUGAAAGAGAGCUGGAAGAUGUGGAACUAGCUGUUGAGGAUGAAAACGCCAAGCAAAAGAAUGUACCAAAGGCCGAGAACUCUGAUCUCAUGGGCACAGAACAUGGGGCAGUAAAAAAUGCAGAAGAAGGUGAAAUGGUAAACGAUGUGUCUCAGAUGAUGCAUAGCAGAAAGAGAAAAAUGGGAAGCCCUCCUGAGAAGCAGUCCGAAGGAAAGAGACGCCACAGUAGCGAGAACGGUGAACAAGGCCACAAGACGAGCAGAGGUGGUAGUAGUAGUAGUAGUCAUCAUGGUGACAGAGAGCACAGAAGACACUCGCAAGAGAGAAACCAUUCAUGAGAGGUAAUGAUUAUUAAAACUGCUUCAUCUUGUUCUCUUUCUAAGGACCUUUGGCACUUUGAUGAUGCCUAACCAUGUGAACAUGACAUUCUACAUGGGGUCGGUUCAGUCGUUGGAACCAUGCUCGGUGUAUGUUAUGUUUGAUUAUAUAAUCUAUUCGUGCUGUUUUGCACAA